AUGCAGUCGUCAUCACCUCCCGUGAAUAUCACAGGUGUUGUGAACCUGUCCGAUCUGGGGAUCAACUCGAAGGACUUCCGCUUUGGAGUCCUCACCAUGGAGUCGGACAAAUACGUUGCUGUGAGGGAACAGGCAGCUGAUGGGUCGGUGCAGGUUAUCACGGUUGAUAUGCACGAAAACAAUAAGGUUAGCAGGAGACCUAUGAAGGCUGAGGCGGUCGUGAUGAAUCCCGUGGAUAAUAUCAUCGCACUUAAGGGUCGAGUGGAGGGCAAUACGGGUCAUUUCUUGCAAGUUUUCAACUUGGGAACGAAGGAGAAACUCGGGUCCCAUCAGUUUUCAAAUGAGCACGUAGUUUUCUGGAGAUGGAUCACACCUAGAUGUCUGGCACUGGUUGGGGAUAGAUCUGUGUAUCAUUGGACCUUCGAUAGCGCCAACUCGGCCCCUGUGAAAGUUUUUGAUAGAGCCGGCAAGUUGGCUGAGAACACUACUCAGAUCAUCGCCUACGCCACGAACAGCUCUCAAACGUGGUGUGUGCUCUCUGGUAUUUCCACUCCUGAUGGGGGCAGGACCAUCGAGGGCUCUCUCCAGCUGUUCUCAGUCGAGAGGAAGCAACAACAGCUACUCGAGGGGCAUGCUGCUAAUUUUGCUGAUGCCCCUGUGGAUGACAGUGGCGAGGCUAUCGGACUGUUCAGUUUCAUGGAGAGAAAAUCAGGUUCUAAUGCGACCAAGCUUCACAUCAUGGACCUAGCUCGUAAGACCCACUACAAGGUUGGUGUGGAUGUACCUAUGCCCUCUGAGAAUCCCAGCGACUUCGCAGUCUCCCUUCAUAUCAGCCCAAAGCAUGGUAUGGUGUAUGUGCUGACUAAGGGGGGUUAUGCCUUUGUAUUUGAUAUUGGCAGCGGAGCGUUGUUGUUCAGAAACAAGGUAUCUCAGGAUAGCAUAUUCAUUGCUACUUACAGUGACGAAACUGGUGGAGUCCGGUUUGUUAACCGAGGUGGACACGUUAUUAACUUUGCUAUUAAUGUGGACACCAUCGUCCAGUACAUCAUCAACAACAUGCCCCAGGACGUGGCCUUCAACCUUGCCAGACGCUAUGGUUUACCUGGUGCACAGGAGAUGUUCCAACAACAGUUCACUCGAUACUNNNNCCCUACUCCAGUACUUCUCGGCUCUUUUGAGAGUGGACAUAAGCUGAAUGAGAGCGAAUCAAUGGAGCUCGUCGGUCCCGUUGUGGCGCAGGGUCGUAAGGAGUUCAUCGAGAAGUGGUUGAGCGAGGAUAAGCUGACCUGCACUGAACAACUAGGGGACAUGGUCAAGCCCCUGGACACAAAGCUCGCCCUGUCGGUCUUCCUCCGAGCCCAAUGCCACGAUAAGGUCAUUGCUUGCUUCGUGGCUGCUGGUGAGUACGAGAAGGUGGUCCAGUACGUGAAGAGAGUUAACUAUGCUAAUGCUGAUUACGGUGGGAUGCUGAGGACCAUCGUUGCCACUAAUCCUGAGGGAGCGGUGAAGUUUGCUAAGGGUCUGCUGGACAACAACCCGCCUCUGAUUGAUAUCAACAAGGUCGUGGACUCAUUCAUGGCUCUUGGGAAGCUCCAGGAGACGACGUCAGUGCUCUUGGAUUACCUCAAGGAUGAUAAGCCUGAGCAAGGACAGCUUCAGACCAGACUGUUAGAGAUGAACCUUAUGCAGGCCCCUCAGGUGGCAGAGGCUAUAUUCCAAAUGAACAUGUUGAGCCACUAUGAUCGUCAGCACAUCGCUAUGAUGUGUGAGAAGGCUGGUAUGUAUCAGCGAGCGUUGGAGCACUACACGGACAUCUCUGAUAUAAGGCGUUGCAUGUUGCAUUCACACGAUAUGUCUCCUGAGUUCCUCACCAACUACAUUGGGAAGAAUUCAAAGGGUGUGGCUUUGGAGUUGAUCGAGGAUAUGCUGCGUUAUAACAGACAACAGAACACCCAGGUUGUUGUACAAGUGGCCAUCAAGUACCACGAGCAGUUGGAAGUUAAUAAGCUGGUGGCAAUUUUCGAGAAGUAUCAAUGUUGGGAGGGAAUGUUCUUUUUCUUGGGCGGGAUACUGUCGAGCAGUCAAGAUCCUGAUGUCCACUUCAAAUAUAUAGAGGCAGCUGCUAAGCUGGGUCAUAUGCAGGAGGUUGAGAGGGUUGUUCGAGAGAGUCAAUACUAUGACCCUGUGAAGGUGAAGGACUUCCUUAAGGAGGCUAAACUGCAGGACCCGAGACCACUUAUUUAUGUCUGUGAUAUGCAUGGCUAUGUGGAGGAGCUUACUGACUACCUCUAUUCAAACAACCUUAUGAAGUAUAUCGAGGUUUACGUGACCAAGGUGAAUCCAUUGAACUGUCCCACUGUAGUCGGGACGUUGAUCGAUAGAGACUGCUCUGAGGACUACAUAAAGAACAGCAUCCUCGGCAAUGUCCGGUCUCUGUGCCCAGUGGAACCCCUUGUAGAGACUGUCGAGAAGCGUAACAGGCUACGUCUGCUGCAGCCUUGGUUGGAAGCUCGCCUGGCUGAGGGCAAUCAGGAGCCAUCUCUUCAUAAUGCUCUUGCGAAGAUCUACAUAGACUCCAACAAGGACCCCGAGGCUUUCCUCAAGAACGACUCUUACUACGACUCAGCCGUAGUAGGCGCCUACUGCGAGGAUCGUGACCCUCAUCUAGCCUACAUUGCCUAUAAGAGAGCUUGGGGUACUUGUGAUGACCAACUCCUUCGUGUCACCAACAACAACGGUCUGUUCCGUCUCCAGGCCAGGUAUCUAGUGGAGCGACAGAGUCCCGAGUUAUGGGCUAAGGCUUUGGCUGAUGAUAACCAACAUAGGAGGCAUGUCAUUGACCAGGUCGUCAGUACGGCUUUGCCGGAGAGCAAGAAUGCUGAUGAGGUUACUGCAGCUGUGAAGGCAUUCAUAGACGCCGAUCUACCUAAUGAGCUUAUCGAGCUUUUGGAGAAGAUAGUUCUGCACAACUCAGACUUCUCUGACAACAGAACGCUGCAGAACCUGUUGAUCCUCACAGCGAUCAAGGCGGACAAGUCUCGUGUGAUGGACUAUGUGCAUCGUCUUGAUAACUAUGAUGGUCCUGAGAUUGCUCUCAUCGCUAUGGGGGAUCCUUAUAAUCUAUAUGAGGAAGCCUUCGAGAUCUACAAGAAGUGUGGUAUGAAUGCCGAGGCUAUGGAUACACUACUCACCAACUUGGACGAUGAUGAGGGUUCUGGUUUAGAGAGAGCUAAGGACUUUGCUAGCAGGGUCAACGAGCCUCAGGUUUGGUAUAAGCUGGGAGCCGCACAGCUUCGACAUGGCGUGUGUGCUAUGAUACCCGAGGCUAUCGAUAGUUACAUUAAGGCUGGUGAUGCUACUGACUAUAUGGAGGUCAUCGCAGUAGCAGAGCGUGAGGAGUGCUAUAAUGAUCUGAUCAAGUAUCUCCGUAUGGCUCGGACCAAGCAAAAGGACAGCUACAUUGACUCGGAGUUGCUCUACUCGUUGGCCAAGUGCGAUGAUAGGAUGGACGAACUUGAGGACUUCCUCGAUGCCACUAAUACUGCUAAUGUCCAGAGUGUUGGGGAUCGUCUCUAUGGGGAACGGCUCUAUAAAGCGGCUAAGGUGCUUUUCCAGUCUAUACCAAACAACGCCAAAUUGGCGUCCUGUUAUGUCAACUUGGGCGACUUCUCGGCCGCUAUCGAGGCUGCUAAGAAGGCGAAGAACCCCCGCACUUGGAAGGAGAUCUGCUUUGCCUGUGUUGCUGCUGAGGACUUCCGCUCAGCUCAGACUGCUGGCUUGCAUAUCAUCAUCCAUCCUGACCAUCUAGAAGAGGUUAUUGAGGUAUACGAGAAUGCUCAACGUUUCGAGGAGUUGAUGGCCUUGCUGGAACUGGGCAUCACAAAUUCUGAUGAGGCUCACUACGGCAUGUUCACCGAGCUUGGAAUUUUAUAUGCGAAGCAUAAGAAGGGUAAGUUGAUGGACUUUGUCAAGAGUAACACAUCUAGACUCAACAUACCUAAGCUCAUAAGGGCGUGUGAGGCGAACUUCCUUUGGAAAGAGGCUGUGUAUCUGUACGUAUCGUAUGAUGAGUACGACUCAGCUGCUAACACCAUCAUUCAGCACAGCCCUACGGCGUGGUCACAGGAUUUAUUCCAAUCGGUGAUGAGUAAGGUCUCCAACUCCGAGAUCUACUACAGGGCUAUCAACUUCUACCUCGACGAGCAUCCUCUACUAUUGAGCGACUUGCUGGUCGCGAUCCAGGCCAAGUUGGAUCACGCUCGUGUGGUCCAGCAUGUCCGUAAGGCAGGCCAUUUGCCCUUGAUACAGGACUACAUGGCCGCAGUACAGCCCAAUGCCAAUAUACCCCAGGUCAAUGAAGCGUUGAAUGAAUUGUUGGUAGAGGAGGAAGAUGUGGACAGUCUUCGCAGCUCCAUCGAGCACUACGAUAACUUCGACCAGAUCGCCCUCGCCCAGAAGUUGGAGAAUCAUCACCUCAUUCAAAUGCGCCGAAUCGCCUCUACUUUGUACAACCAGAACGGGAGGUUUAAGCAAAGCAUUGAGCUUUCGAAGAAGGACGGUAUGUUCACUGACGCUAUGGAGUCUGCCAGAGAGAGCGGCAGCCGAGACCUCGCUGAGGGCCUCUUGCGCUACUUCGCAACCUCCGAAGAUGUACCAUGUGGCCGUGAGUGCUUCUCGGCGUGUCUGUACACCUGUUAUGAGUUGCUGAGGCCUGAUGUAGUGAUGGAGCUAGCUUGGAAGAAGGGCUACAUGGACUUUGCUAUGCCGUAUAUGAUUCAGUUGAUGAGGGAUUAUUCCAACAGGAUCGAGUCUCUUGAAAAGAAGACGGAAUCGUUGGCUGAAGACAAGAAGUCAGCUCCUAACGAUUUCGUGGAGUCCAAUCCUCUUGGUCUUGGCGGGCCUGGUGGUCACUUGGCAUUGAUGGGCCCAGGGUGA